UCGGCCAUAUUUACGUGCUGUCGCCGAGGAUGCCUUGUUCUUCGGCUAUUUCGCCCUUUUUAAAGCUCCUUUGAUGCCUGGAGACGAAGCCCUGACGCCGAGCAGUGGAUGAUGUGACAGGAAACGCGGCAAAAAUGGAGUCGAUCAAUGACACAGACCGUCUGCAGCGCCUCCAGGAUCUGGAGGGGCAGCUGCGGGACCCACGGGGUGUCAUGAAUGUCGACUCUCUCCUGGACUCUAUGCAGGCGAUGGUCGCAGACUUGGAUCAUCAAGCCAUCAAGAGAAAUAAAAAUGUGGAAGCCUUUCUCAAUAGAUAUCGGGAGGCUGUGCUGGAUGUGGAGAUACUUCGAAUGCGUGCUGAUGACUUCAUUAAUAUCAAAGUCAUUGGCAGAGGGGCAUUCGGAGAAGUACAAUUAGUUAGACAUAAAUUUACAAAGCAGAUCUAUGCAAUGAAAUUACUGAGUAAAAUUGAGAUGAUCAAAAGGUCUGAUUCUGCCUUUUUCUGGGAAGAACGAGACAUUAUGGCUCAUGCAAACUCAGAAUGGAUUGUCCAGCUGCACUUUGCCUUCCAGGAUUCAAAAUUUCUUUACAUGGUCAUGGACUACAUGCCAGGUGGUGACUUAGUGAACCUGAUGUCCAACUAUGAUGUACCAGAGAAAUGGGCCAAGUUCUAUUGCGCAGAAGUGGUCCUAGCACUGGAUGCAAUCCAUUCCAUGGGAUUUGUUCACAGAGAUGUAAAGCCAGAUAACAUGCUCUUGGAUGGUAGUGGUCACCUCAAACUGGCAGACUUUGGUACUUGUAUGAAGAUGGAUAAGGACGGACUUGUAAGAUCAGACACAGCUGUAGGAACGCCAGAUUAUAUCUCUCCUGAAGUCCUCAAGUCACAGGGUGGUGAAGGGGUCUAUGGGAGAGAGUGUGAUUGGUGGUCUGUCGGUGUCUUCCUCUAUGAAAUGCUAGUGGGUGACACACCCUUCUAUGCAGAUUCCUUGGUUGGCACCUACGGCAAAAUCAUGGAUCACAAAAAUUCACUUAAGUUUCCUGAUGAUAUUGAAAUUUCCAUAGAUGCCAAGACUUUGAUCUGUGGUUUCUUGUCUGAUAGAUUAACAAGAUUAGGUAGAAAUGGUAUUGAAGAAAUAAAAUGUCUUCGAUUCUUUAUCAAUGAUCAAUGGACAUUUGACACAAUUAGAGAAUGUGUACCUCCUGUUGUGCCUGACCUCGCAAGUGAUGAUGACACAAGUAAUUUUGAUGAAGUGGAGAAUGAGGACACCCCCGAAGAAAGCUUUGGAACCCCCAAGGCCUUUGUCGGGAACCAUCUUCCAUUCGUGGGGUUCACUUACUCCAGGGAUUACCAACUACUCACCUCUACAGACAAGACUGAUGGCAAAAGAAAUUUGGCAAGUGAUGGUAUGGACAGCAGUAAUGAGAUUGCUGUGCUGACAGCUGAAUUGGAACACCAGAGAAAUCAGGUAGAAGAACUAGACUCCAAGUACAGGGUGACCCUAAACCAGCUGGAUUCACUCAUCCAAAAGGAGCAGGAGAGACUACAGGAGAAGAGAGAUCUAGAGCGAAAGUUGGCUUUAUUACAACAUGACCUCAAAGAAGCCCAGAGAAAGGGGGAGUAUGAGGGUGAGAGUAGACGGAAGCUGGAUGCCCUAUAUCAGGAGGUUAAGAAAAAGCUCGAAGAUGAACAAAACAAACGCACUAGGGACCUGAACUCUGCGCAACAUGUCAGUGACAAGCUGAACUCUCUUGAAAAGCAGAUAAAAGAAGUUCAGGACAAACUGAAGGUUGAAACAGAUAACAACACAAGAUUGCGUAAACAAAAUGCAGAGCUAACAGUCAUGAACCAGCAGAAGGAAACGUCCAUUUCUGAUCUCUCGGAUAAGAUAUCCAGUGUCCAGACCAUCCGUGACGUGUUAGAGCGCGAUAUAGCAAACCUUGGAGCACAGCUGGACCAGGAGCGUGGGCAGAAGAACCACCAGGCAGAGCUGAUCUCGCAAGCUGAUGGCAAAAUUCAAAGUCUACAAGCGAAGCUUGAAAAUGCAUCUGAACGUGAGCAGAUUGCUCGCAAGGAAGCAGAAAAGGUUUCUGAACGUCUUGUACAGUUAGAGAAAGAUAGAACAUCUCUGGAGCUGGAAUUAAGAGGAAUGACAAGCAGAUAUGAGCAAGAAGCGCGGGCUUUGCGCGAAGCUAAUGCUGCCCCUACACACAACCACCAAUCUAGUGCUCAGGCUCUAGCAGCUUUGCAGGAACGACUCAAUUUGGAGAAGCAGAAACGCCAGCAAGCAGAGGCAUCUAGUCAGGAGAAGGAACGUCAAAACUCUAUGUUGAGCGUUGACUACCGGCAGCUCCAGCAACAGCUACACAAGCUUGAAGGGGAGCACAGGAAGGAGUGCGAGAAGGUCAAAGCUCUGCAGAAUCAGAUGGAGACAGAAAGUGAAAAGAGAACGGCCAUUGUUACCGACCUCCAAACUCAGUCAUCAGAAGUAUCCAUGUUGCGCACAAGAGAAAAACAGUUGGUGCGUGACCUUGAAGAGAUGAAGGAAGCGCGGUCUAGUCUAGAGGAGGAGCUGCACAAACUCAAAACCCAAAAAUCGGUUGACGAUGUGCAGAUGAGAGAACUGCAAGACACCCUGGAGGCUGAGCAGUACUUCUCAACAUUGUACAAGACUCAGGUACGCGAGUUGCGUGAGGAGCUGGAAGAGAAGGGCCGGCAAAUCCUUGAACUGGAGGAAGAACGUACAAGUCUAACACAGCAGUUACAACUUACAGUGGCCAGAGCAGAUUCCGAGGCUUUGGCACGUUCCAUCGCCGAGGAGACGGUUGCAGAUCUUGAAAAGGAAAAGACUGUUAAGGAGCUGGAGAUUAAUGACCUCAUAUCCAGACAUACUGUUGAUAUGAAUAACAAAGAGACUGCCUUCAAUGCUGUCAAGGAGAGAGAGGAAGAGCUUACAAAGUCUGUGGAAGCACUUAAGAAGGAGAAGGAAGCCCUUAAUUCUCAGAUCCAAAGCCUUGAGGAAGCAAAGAAAACUGCAGAUAAUGAUCGUAAAAAUGAACAAGACAAACUUAGUAAACAGUUGAAGCAGGAACAGCUCCUCAAGAUGCAAGCAGUCAAUAAGUUAGCAGAAAUAAUGGCUCGCAAGGAGAACCUCCCAGCAAAUCGUAAACCCAAGGCUGCUGCCAUUGACCUCAGAAAGAAGGAGAAAGAAUGCCGUAAAUUGCAGCAGGAACUCACCAUGGAAAGAGACAAGUUCUCCCAGAUGGUUUCCAAACACCAAAAGGAAAUACAAGACCUCCAGGCACUGCUUUCUGAGGAGUGUCAAGCAAAAAUGAGACUACAGAUGGAAGCAGAUGCCAAGGACUCGGAGAUAGAAUCCCUGACGUGCAAGCUGGCCAACGUCAAUAGUGAGACAGCAUCACUCAGUAGUGGUGCAGAUAAUGAUCUAGAUGAGAUGGACAACCGGCUGGAGGGCUGGCUCUCAGUGCCUAACAAACAGAAUAUCAAACGUCACGGAUGGCGGAGACAGUACGUGGUCGUCUCCUCCAGAAAGAUCAUCUUCUAUAAUUCAGAGAAUGAUAAGCAAAACUCAGAUCCCAUAUUAAUCCUAGACCUUACGAAACUCUUCCACGUUCGUUCGGUUACACAAGGGGAUGUUAUUCGAGCAGAUGCAAGAGAUAUUCCCAGAAUAUUUCAGCUUCUGUAUGCUGGAGAGGGAGAGAGCCGUAAGCCUGGGGAGAACCCAGGUCCGUUGGCUCCGUAUGACAGUGCAGGCCCUGAUAAAGCAGGGACUAUAGUCCAUAAGGGUCACGAGUUCCUGGCCAUUAGCUUCCACAUGCCUACAAAUUGUGAGGUGUGUCAGCGGCAUUUAUGGCACAUGUUCAAGCCACCUCCAGCACUGGAGUGCAGACGGUGUAGAAUGAAAAUUCACAGGGAUCACCUAGAACGCAAGGAGGAAUUAGUUGCGCCAUGUAAAGUCAACUAUGAUUUAAAUACUGCCAAGGAAAUGUUACUUUUGGCACCCACAGUAGAUGAGCAACAGAACUGGGUGUUGCGGUUGUCCAAAAAGAUUCAAAAGUCUGGGUACAAGGCUAACAAUGCUGGAGGUCCCGACGGUGCCAAAGUCUCCCCAAGAAUGUAAAACCAUUAGGACAAAGCCGACUCAAACAGCAAAGAGUCCACCAGAUCAGCCUACCGUCCCUUCGUUGUACAGAAAUCUGCAACUUUGCCCCCCAACUCCAAUUUAAGCAGAAAAUAGUAAAUGCUAGUUGCCAGUGUGUUUUGAUUUAGACAUGCAAGCCUAAUAUGGUUUGGUUGAGAUUGCUUAACUAGUGAUAAUUUUCAAAAUCAAAGUGAUAAUAUGCAAUGUUUUCACUUAGAAAUUGACUUGAUGGAAAAAGUGACGCAAUCCCUCCAUGCACAUGAAAAAGGAAUGUGAUUGAACAAAACAGUGAACAGUGAAUUGACAGUAGUCACUUAUAACACUAUUGAAUGGACUUGCAGUGUAGAGUGAUUACUCUUGGUUUGAGCAUAAUGUAGGCAAGUGCCUUAACUGCCCUAGUUAGUUGCAAUUACGGACUUUGUAUAAUCCCAAAAAUACUUUCAUUCAGGUGUAAGACCCAGUAGUGUGACAUGAGGAUAACAAUAAUUAUGAUAUUUUGCUGAAUCACUGAUGAAGUGGAAAGCUAAAAGAAUUUUUGGUACAAGAAAGCCUUAUUUUGUAUAUGUUUCUAAUAUUAUCUGUAACAAUUUUAUACGUAGGUAAGCUGUCCUCCACUCUUGUCCAUGCGUUUAGACUGUUGAAGAUAAGUGUUUCAGAAGCCAAACUUAAUAGUCAGAAAGAAAAGGACUUACUUGAAAUUUCUAGACCUCAUUUAAAUAUAAUUGUAAAUGAUAUUAUAUAUUUAUUAUUAUUUCCUUUUUAAUGGAAUUGUAGAGCAACUCUUCCUGUCAGGAGAGGUCUGGUACCUCAUAUCCACCAGCAGCAGUAAACUAUACUAUAAAGAUACCAUUGCAGAUUGGAUAAAGAGAAUUCUGGGGUGUGUGUGCGAUGCAGUGUCCUUAUCAUAUAAUAGGUUUUAUACUAAAAUCUUGUAAAUAUUGACCUGCUUGAGAAGGUAUUCAUUGCUUUAAGUAAAAUGCAAGUUAAAAUCUCUAUUCAGUAAAGUUAUUUCAUUCUGUAUAUGAAAAUGACUAAAUAUCACCAAUAAGUUGAAAGAAUUGUUUGAGAUGUUACGAAGUCUUCCCUCCCCCCUCCCCUUUUUUUUUGUGCAUUACAGCAUUUUUGAUCCUUCAUCUAAAGGAGCCAUUUUCAAAAACUUUUAAGAAUGAGUAUGAAUGGUUUCAGAACUGCCAUAUUUGUCCUUUUUUUUAUCUUCUCUUGAUGCCCACCCCUACCCCCUCCCAUCCCCAUUUUUAUGUUAUGAUACUAUUUUUUAGGAAGAAAAAGUUAUUCGUACUCACAGGUUUUAUAGGUGACUAUAGUUUUUUUUUUUUUUUUUUUUUUUUUUUUUUUUUUUUUUUUUUUUUUUUUUUUUUUUGACACGUGAAGAGUUUCAGACCUAUGAGGGUUUGAGCCAGAAGUCCGAUGACCGUUGUGAUUUUCCCCCAUAUGCCAUCUGGUGUGUGAGCUUAUUAGGAUAGGCCUGUGGAGGCAGGUUCCUGAGGGGUAACAGAUGACCGAGUUCAUUAUUUUCCCCCCUUUCAUUCCACUACUUGUGUGAUACUUGUCUUUCUCCCCCCACCCCCCUUCCUUUUUUCCACUUUUUCAUGUUGAUUUUGACUGACUGACUCCAAACCAGAAAGCUUUGGCCCAGUUAAAGUUUUGGAAGAGUUGAAAUUUGCUCUAUUUAUCAAAUCUGUUGUCAAUCAUGAAUCCAUACCUAGAAUGAAUACAUUUUAGAAAGUCUUAUUAUAGAUUUUGUAUUAUUCUGAAAGUGCUUAGGAAUGCUGCAAGAUGUUGACUUCUAUUACUACACAAGUUGAAUAGUUUAUUCAUUUGUUCAUUUUACCUAAAAUAUUUUCAAGCUUUCAAUACUGUCCAGAAUAAAUUAAGACCAGAAUUUAGAUAGAAUCAUUUUAUAAAUAUUGUUCUUUCAUAUUAUCAUCUAUAUAAAUAGGAACUCGUUGUGAGUCUGCGCAUACCUUCAAAUUGAAGUCAGUAAAACAGCAAAAAUAGCUUUUGCGAGGCCAUAAGAUUUGUCUGUUCUGAGACAUAAGCUUUAGAUUGUUAUUGUAAAUAUUUUAUGAGGAAAAGAUGGUCCACCACAUUUAAACCAUCUCCUAUCAUCCUUGCUUCCUUUUUCUCUUUUUUUUUCCUCUCUGUCUCUCUCUCAUGGGUCCUGUUUGCUCAUGUAUCUACAUUUGUUUCCUAAUUCUCCUUCUUUUGUCACAGGGUUCAUGCACUCUCAAUUUUUCACCGGACAGAGAAGCAGUGCUUUACGUGUAUCUUACAGAGAUCUUAAGAAAUGUCCCACUUUGUAUGUGAAAGAAUGUGUCAGGAAGAGUUUUUUAUUCUUAAUUUUUCAUGUUGAAUGGAGUAAUAGUACAGUACUUGAACCUCAUUGUUUUAAGCUGUAGUGAUAGUACAGUGUAUUGUUGACAUUAGAAUGGUCUAGAAGUGUUGUUCGUCCUUUUUUGAUGGUAAUGAAACUUCAUCUUCAUAUUGAAGAGAGAGUAAUUUCAUUGAUAAGUGCUGAACUAUGAAAUAUUAUGAUACUUAGAUUUUAUCCAAAGUAUGAUAUAAAACUUGUAAAAAUUCAUUAAGUGGAAAAGGAAAACUUCCACUUGAUAAUGUCACUUAUUCUUCCUCAUUUUUUUUAUAUAUACACACACUAUUUUAUUGGAGUUAGUAAUGUGACUGGAAAGCAGUUCAGCUCUUGCAUAUUUGUUGCGCGUAUUGUCUCUCAAGAAGUGGCUUUGUUCCUGAAGUACACAUUCUAAGAUAUCAACACAAAAAAGUAUUUUAACUUACACGUCUAAGUACUAUAAGAUAUCCUUGUUUAUAGAGAAAGUAUUGUAUUGUAUUUUUGUACAAUUUGAUUAGCCGAGUAAUAAAUGUACCAUUUUGCCAAAUGUUGAUUCUGGGAAAUCAAAGAUUUUUUAGUAAAUUAAGUAAAAUUUAUGAUUGUGGUUAUAAUACAGCCUGUGUUGACGCUUGCAUAUAUGCCUUGCACAAUUGGAUAUGUCAGAGCUCCCAAAUUUUUUUUUCCUUCAGGCAGUGAUUGUGCCAUUAAUGAAAAUUCUUAUUUAAUUUUCUGUAUUACAUGACUCACUUCUCAUUGGUCAUUUUGUGAUGUAAAAUUAGUUUAGUCCAAGUGACCUGUGUCUUCUGGAUUCAUACAUUGCCUCAAGUUAAAGUCAUUGUCAUUUAUAUGUGAUCUGAAGAAUGGUAGGAGUGGAAGUAUAAUUUAUCUUGUGCUUUGAUACACUAGCCUGACCUCUUGUCCCUAGGGAACCAGUCUCUUUUAUGUAUUAUGCACUGAGAUGAUCUUGGAAAGUAGUGCAUUUGCAGCCUCCCUAGUGAGCUGUUAGUGUAGACCUGUUGAUGCAGUUCAGCCAAAUUAUUUGUAUCUAUCUCUCUCUUUCUCUCUCUCUCUCUUUAUCUCUCCCUCACAAACUGCCAGCCAGCCAUUUUUAUAGGCAGAGCAUCAGGGAUUUCAAUGAGGCUGUUUUCCAAUGUUGUGGUAAGGAAAACCAGGUGCAUUACCAUCCCUGAACAAGAUUUUCCCACUGUGUAACAUAUGUGAAAGUCUCCUCCUUCAUCACCAAGCUUUGUACAUUGCUGGAUUAUCUGUUGUAAUUUUCAGUCAUAUAUCAGUGGUAACACUCAGUGACUAGCAUUUAAGGGAGGUGUCCCAGUCUCUGCUUGCUGCCUUCCCAUUCAAGAGAUGGUUGCGUAACUUCUACAUCCACUGGGAACACCAGUCUCCUGUCAUUGGAGUGUCUGUCUUUUACCUUUUUUAAAUAAUUAGCCUUCUUUUUCCUUUCUCCAAAGAGAUAUGGCUGAGUGUGUUGUUUUCCGUGGUUUGUGCAGAAGAAAUCUUUUAACAAAUUGAUCAAGACUUUAGUUCCUAUCAUUCCUUCCAAUUAAUGUGUCUCCUGGCAGCAGGCGAGACAACCCUAGUGCCUGAGGAUUCAAGUGUGAUUGUAUUGCUUCCUAACGUUUCACAGCUCGGCAGAAAUAUUACUUAAAGUGUAUAGGGCAAAUGUUGGCAAUAGAUGAUUGUAAUGCAAACCUUUGAAUGUCGAGUGGGUUUGGCUUACUUACAUGCCAGUACAUUGUUUUUAUUAUCCUGCCUCAUAACUCAAACACUUGAUCCGAGUUUUGAGAUUAAAUGCAACUUGUAAGUAGACUCUAAAACAUACAAAUAUAUAUAUUGUGUGUAUAUAUACAGUAUAUAUAUAUUUAUACACCAAUAAGCAUCCCAUAAUUUUUAAUAUAUUUUACUUUGACCAGUGAGUGUCAGUCCAUAAUUAUGUCAUUGCUGUAGAGCUGUGAAGUCCAUAGAUGUACAUAGCUGUCCUGGCACCCCCAUGAGCCAGAUGAGGCACUAACGGCCUCAGUCACGGCGAAGGUUGUGUGUGCUGGUGUGUGUCACUGUGGUAUUUGGUUAUCAGUACCCCAGCAUUAGGGUAGGUGAUCCUUGUGGGCAGCUGGCCAUUUCAGUCAGGCUUUACAAAACAGAAUUGUAUGCACGAAUGUUAUUUGGUUGAUUAAGCCAUUGCCAGAUUUUUUAUCAUACAAACUGAAAGACUUUUCUUAUGUUUUAUAUUUUUUUACAGUUUCUGUUUCACAUUUUGUAAUGCUUGUAUAGAUAUUCUCUUUUUAAUGUGGGCAAGGGCUUUCAGAGAAUUUUGUAUAUAGUUUGGACUGAGUUGUCAUAUUUUAGAGAUUUUGAGAAAUUAAAAUGAGAAUCUUUUUUUUUUUCUUUCUUUUUCUUAUAAAAAAAAAUCAAAUAUAAUACCAAUAUUAAAGUACUCAAAGAAAAUUCUCUAAUGAGCUCUUAUUCAUGUUUUGAAAAUUUCACAUGGCUAUAUACAUGGCUACCACUUCCUGCAUUUUAGGAAAAGGAGAGACUUUGGGUAUAGAAUUUAUAAAAUUGAAUGCACAUGUAUGUUGAGCAGUAAGUCCACAGUGAUGUAGCCAGUUGUCCACAAGAGAUGAUUUAGCCAGGUUGUGUCCAUCGUUAUCAUGCAGGCCUACAGCAGCAACAGCAGUAGUCUGGCCAUUCAUGAUGGAGUCAGGAUGGCUUUCUAGGUAAGUCUUAGGACUUUUAAUUCCAAAUCAGAUUGAAUUUAUAUACCGAAGGUAAUAUGUACAAUCAGUCACUGUAUUAGAUUGUUCCUUAUCAACGAAUAUAAUCUACCAUAAUGUUAAUAAAAGACAUGAACUGAAA